AUGACGUCCACUCGAGGCGUUGGCAUCUCCGUGAAGGAAGUGACCGUCUCCCGGGCCACUAAAACGUUCCUAGCGGCUCAAUCCAGUGGACGGCCUCCGGGGCACCCGGGGGGCAGAACCGAGUGGUGUAAUCCGCGGAGCCCGCCUAUAAAAACCCACGGCGGGUUUGGAGACGCCAUCAGAACGGAUCAAGUCCGAAGCCGAGCAACUUCCCCUCCUGAGAAAAAAAAGCAACCCUUGCCUAUUUAUUUAUUCAGCUCGUUUGAAAACAAGCGAAAAAUCGACAUGAAGACGGUGUUCAUUUUGGCAGCAGUCCUCGCCGUUGUCUACGGUGACGGUCAUGGCCACCACGGCCAUCAUGCUCAUGGGUCAUCUCACGGCCACGACACGUACGGUUACCAGCCCUCGUACGAAGAGUACAAGGAGCCUGAGUACAAACAGACGCACGGUUACGAGCAGCCGAAACACGGUUACGAGCAGCCGAAACACGGUUACGAACAGCCCAAGUACGGCUACGAACAGCCCAAGUACUCCUCAUACAAGGAACCGUCCUACAGUGGCUACCAAGAGCCGGCCUACAAGCCAGAGCCCUACAGCAGCUACGAGACCCCCAAGUACACCCACAAGGAGCCCUCUUACAAGGAGCCAUCCUACAAGGGACACUCCCACAAGGAGCCGUCUUACAAGGAACCUACCUACAAGGCCUCCUCGUACAAGGCCCACUCCUACAAGGAGCCCGAGUACAAGCCGACUGAGUACAAGACCUACGAGCCCAAGGGCUACAAGCCUUCCUCCUACAAGACCCCGGCCUACAAGGCACCCGCCUACGAGCAGCCCGCCUACGAGCCCGAGUACAAGCCCCAGUACGAGACCCCCGCUGCCUACCACCAACCCGCCUCGUACGACUACAAGGCGUCCUCCUACCACCAGGCCAAGCCCGCCUACGAGGAGCCGGCCUACAAGCCUGCCUACGAAGAGCCUUACGGCUACGAGGAGCCCGCCUACCACGGAAAGAGGAUUCAGUUCCAUUCGUUCUGUCGAGUAUCACGCAAGGCCUUUUGUGACAACUUUUUCGUUGACGGAAUCAAUUAUUCACAUCGUCGUCGCAGUGAAGUCAUGUUUCGAGCAGCUCGUUUUGCGCUUUUGGUGGGUGUCGUGGCGUGCGCCUUGUCACUUGUGUCGUCGACGGAGAAACAGUUCCACUACAGGAAUAGGGCUAACCAAGAUGCCUUGAAAGUUGGAAAAUUUGUUCAAGAAAUGGAGCGAGUUCGAGCCGGAAAACGGGAGAGCCGCCAGCUGGACGAGGUUUUUGGCUCAAUUGCUGACAUUACCCAGAUCCUCGGGUUGAUUAUGAGACUGGCCCAGGCUGCUGUGAAUGGGUUCGCGUACAUCGCCAACAUGAUGGCCAACGCCCGCCAGGACUCGCCGCUCCUGGCCCAGGUUCUCUGGGCCGCCGUGCAGCUCCUUGGCCAGGGAGCCGUCGUGCUUUCCAGAUCCUACGACGAUCAGCUCGGUGACGCGCUGCAAAAUAUGCUCACGGAUUUGCACGUUCUUGCUUGAAUUCCGCGCGGUGUGAGAUCGUAUGAGAAUUAAAGAGGACCUCAGAAAUUA